CAAACCAUUCAAAGAAACAUCUAAGACAAAGGAAACACAAAGAUCAAAAUGAAGAUGUUGAACUGCAUGCAUGCAAUGAUACUGAUGAUAACAAUGUCAGGGGCAUUUUGGGCAAAUGCACAGGUACAAGGGAACAAUGGUGGUGGAUCAACAUGUGUCAAUCAGCUUGUUCCAUGCCUUAGUUACCUAAACAACCAGCAACAGGGUCGGGAUCCACCGGACAGCUGUUGUGAUCCUCUAAAAUCGGUGAUUAAGUCUAACCCAGAGUGCUUAUGCAGUAUGAUAAGUAAUCAAGGUACUAAAAAUGCUGAGAGGGCUGGUAUCAAUGUCACUCAGGCCCAAGAGUUACCAGCCAGAUGUGGUCAACGGGUCAACCCUAUCUCGUGUGUGACCACCACAUCUAAGAAUACUCCAGGUUCAAGUGACUCGCAACAAAUGAGAUGUUUUAAUAUCUACUUAUUCAUGCUGGUUGCAGCUCUAUACUGUUGGUUCAUGUGAGUUCAUGAAUCAUCAUCUUUUCUUGCAAGUUUUCUUCUUUGUUGUAUCUUGAUUUUUAUUGUUAUUAUUAAUAUUAAUAUUAAUUAUUAAUGAAACACCGUUUUGUGCUAUCUA